UAUUCCGACUCGUACUUUGCAAUGACGACAUCGUCGGACCCUCUGUUCCUGGGGUUGGAUCUCAGCACGCAGCAGCUCAAGGGAAUCCUCGUUACUUCUGCCGGCGACAUCAUCCACGAAGCCACCAUUCCAUUCGACACUGCCUUCCCCACCUAUGCCACCACCAACGGCCGCCACAUCCGCAACGACACUGCCACGACUCCCGUGCUCCUCUGGGUCGAAGCCAUCGACAGACUGUUCAGCGAGCUCUGCAGCUCAGGCUACGCAUCCCGGAUUUGUGGAAUCAGCGGCGCCGCUCAGCAGCACGGCAGUGUGUACUGGACCCAGCAGGGCGUAGAGUCGCUUGCCAGGCUUGAUUCGAAAGCGGCCCUGAAGGAGCAGCUCCAGAAUGCCUUUGCUGUCAUGGACUCGCCGAUCUGGGAGGAUUCGAGCACCGCUGUGCAGUGCAAGGGCCUGGAGCAAGCGGCGGGCAGCGCAGCUAAUCUGGCCCGGAUCUCUGGGUCCGUUGCCUUCGAGCGGUUCACGGGUGCGCAGAUUGCGAAAAUCAAGCAGACCGACCCGGACCGCUGGUCCCAGGUGGCUCAUAUUUCCCUAGUAUCGUCGUUUGCCGCCUCGCUUAUAAUUGGCAAACUCGCGCCCAUCGACGCCAGCGACGCCUCGGGCACCAACCUCUACGAUAUUGGCCAGAUGGCGUGGUCUGAACACCUCUGCAAUAGCGUUGACCAAGGGUUAAGUGCCAAGCUUGGGCCGCAUCCCGUGAUGGCCGAUGCACAGAUUGGCACGCUUGCUGAGUAUUUUAGAGCAAAAUACGGGAUGCCGCCAUGUCCCGUUGUUGCAUUUACAGGCGAUAAUCCGUCUGCAUUUGCUGGAUUCGAGUCGCUGCUUUCCGGCGCCCGCAGCUCCGCCAUGGUGAUCAGCCUCGGCACGAGCGAUACUGUGCUGUCGUCGCUCGACACGUACCCUUACGGCGCCGGCAAACCCACCAGUGCGUCGUUUACGGACGGCCAUGUGCUACAACAUCCAACUGACCCUGACCGGUAUAUGGCAAUGCUGUGCUAUAAGAACGGGUCGCUGGCACGCGAGCACAUCCGCAAUAGCAUCUCCGCCGGUGGCUCCUGGCAGCAGUUCAAUGAUAUGGCUGCCGAACCUGCCGAUGCCAGACAGAUUCUGCCCAAGACUAAGGGCACGUACCGGUUCGUGCGCUCCGAUUCUGGUGAUCUGGUGAGCCCACAGUCCAGUAACCGGUUCGCCGUAACAGCCGAGACAUCUGCCGAUGCGCGCAUGAUUCUGGAGUCGCAGGCAAUGAGCAUGCGUCUCGACUUUCGGCGCAAAUCCCGCCAACUGCCCUCAACCAUCGUUGUUACUGGUGGCGCUUCACAGAACCCGGUUCUGCGGCAGAUAAUCGCUGAUGUGUUUGGCACUCCCGUAUAUACGCUUGGCAUCAUCGACAAUGGCACGUUUACUGCAAAGAGCCCUGCAAUGCCGGCGUACGGCGGCGCUAUCCGCGCCAUGCCAAGACAUGCGGACAAUGCCAAGUACGCGGUUAUGCCAGUGUGCCACCCAGAUAAGGAGCGCUGCGAAGUGUAUGAAAAGGCGAUGGUCGAUUUCGAGUUCCUUCGCAAUGUUGCUGCAAACUGGAAGUAAACGAUUGGAGGGACAUGCUCGUGUUUUGUUGGACAGCUAUCGUGGCGGUGGAAUUUAAUAAAUUUUCUCA